UACUUUGUAGCAUUUCAUUUCGUUCCUUAAAUAUUCUUCACUUACGUCCCUCAAAGUAAAGAACAGAAGAGAAGAAAACGCCCUACCUAAAACCCUAAUCUCUCAAAACCCUACAUAUGGCGUCGUCGUCGUUAAUUCGCCUCCGCCGCACCAUCAGAACACUCUCGGGCAUCUCCCACUCCUUGUCCGCGACUCAUGCGGCGUCGUUUUCCUCCCCCAUCCGGUGCGGCGUUUCAUGGAGUUUGCAGUCACCGAAGAAGGGUGUGGUUCAGUCCCGUUCAUUCAGGUCAAGCUCAAUUUCACUUCUAUCUUUUCGAUCCUCGCAGCGGCAGAACAACAUCCCCGAUGAGAUUGGUCCCGAUACCAUUCUCUUCGAGGGCUGCGAUUACAACCAUUGGCUCAUCGUCAUGGAAUUCAAAGACAACAACAAACCCUCUCCCGAAGACAUGGUUCGCGUUUACGAAGAGACUUGUGCCAAGGGUCUUAACAUCAGUUUGGAAGAGGCCAAGAAGAAAAUGUAUGCGUGCAGCACAACAACUUACAUAGGCUUUCAGGCAGUCAUGACUGAAGAAGAGUCCAAGAAAUUUGAAGGUCUUCCCGGAGUCGUCUUCGUGCUACCAGAUUCCUAUAUUGAUCCGGUGAACAAACAAUAUGGAGGAGAUCAGUACAUUAAUGGAACAAUUAUCCCUCGACCUCCACCAGUACAGUAUGGGAGGAAUCAGGGAAGACGAGACUGGAAUAAGAGUCCUGGUCAAUACAACCGGCAUGAGAAUCCAAUGCCAAGGCCUCAAGGGAAUCCCUCUUUCAAUAGUCAGGGACCCAUGCCGGGGGGUGGAAGGAACUAUGGGCCUUCACAAAAUUAUCCACCCCAACAGAACUAUGGUCAAGCAUCCCAGAAUUAUCCGCCCCAACAGAACUAUGCCCAAGCAUCGCAGAAUUAUCCACCCCAACAGAAUUAUGGCCAAGCAUCGCAGAAUUAUCCACCCCAACAGAAUUAUGGCCAAGCAUCACAGAAUUAUCCACCCCAACAGAACUAUGGCAUGACAUCACAAAAUUAUACACCCCAACAGAACUAUGGCCAAGCAUCGCCAAAUUAUCCACCCCAACAGAAGUAUGGUCAGGCACCACAAAAUUAUCCACCCCAACAGAACUUUGAUCAAGCACCACAGAAUUAUCCACAACAGCAAAGGUAUGGGCCAUCUUCACCACAAUAUGCACAGCAGCAGAGCUUUGGACCACCUGGUCAAGGAGAAAGAAGAAAUUAUAUGCCACAACAGAACUUUGGACGGCCGGGACAAGGGGAAAGAAGAGAUCCUGUGCCUAGGCAUGGUGCUUCAGAGGUGAGGGGUGAUACUUUUACCCCAUCAUAUGCGCAGGAUUUCAAACCAGCAUACAUGGAGGGAUUUGAACAGGCUGAGCUGGGGAACCAUCCUGCCAAAGAACAGGCAGGGUCACAACAAAGGUAUCCACCUUCUGGCCCAGGCUUUACUGGAGAGGGAAGAUAGUGAUAGUAAUUGAGUUAGUGGGCGGCUUGUAUUAAAGUACUAAUCACAUUCUAAGCUGAUUGUUUGCCCUUGCCAUUUGGUGGAACAUUGAUUUAUUGAGCUGUCGUUGUGUAUCCAUCAAUUUUUAGUUGCACUGUUCUGUGACAAAGUUGGAUGUGGUAUGUAAAGUUAGUACUGGCUGCAGGCUUGUUGUUUGAACAUGCUUGAACUAUGAAUUUCACGUGGCUCUUUCCUGUCUUACUCCGCUCCCAUUCUCCUUCUCAUUGUAACGGAUAGAACAAUGAAUAAUGUGGAUUUGCGUUCUCUAAGUCAUGUGACAAUGUAAUCAGUUUCCGUAAGGGCCAUUAAUGCUACAGCCCACAAUCAUGUCUUCCUCUUUUUGCUUG